UGUACCCUCUCGAGAGAGUCUGACUCGUAUCUUUACAUUUAUCAUUGUAGUUGGCUUUGAUCAGCUGAUUCCUUCACUUGUACAAUUGAUGACGUUAAUUGUUCCCUGUUUUCAUUCCCUGUUUUCUCAUCUAACGCCGCGUGACAUUAUGACACGUCAUGAGUUAAAUGCGCCUUAAAUCUGAGCGUUGUCUGAGACUGUUUCAUCUGAGGUGUGACACCUGGCUGAGGUUUUCCGGAGACAGGAUGCUUUCUCAAGUUAAGUCUGACACCUCACUCUGAGGCCUGAGGCUGUCCUAAAUGUGGUACAAUGUCUGGUGUAACUAUGUUCUUUUGAAUAAACAAACACUGAACGAGCGUUAAGUUCUGGCUCAAACUUACAGGAUAAACUGAACCCAGUAAUACAAAAGCAUACACAAAGUCUUAAAUGAAAUACAGUAUAGUAUUUAAUUAGAACAAGACUAUAUGGCUUCCAGAGGUAAAAGUGUAAGAAGGUGGACCUUGUUUUUGAAAAGUUAGCAUUAAAGUUUUUCUGUAAUGUUCAGUGUGAAUUAUGGAAGUUCUGUUAGAGAUGACGUUUGUCUCUCUUGUCUCAGGACGACCCAUGGUGGUGUCCAGUGGGGUGCAGUCAAUGGACACGAUGCGUCAGGUCUACAAAACACUGAAGAAACACACUGACAAAUUUACCUUCCUGCAGUGCACCAGCUGUUACCCUCUGGAUCCUAAAGAUGCAAACCUCAGAGUUAUAACGGAAUACAAAAAGGAAUUUCUGGAUAUUCCCAUUGGAUAUUCCGGUCACGAGACUGGGAUCUGUGUUUCAGUUGCAGCUGUAGCUAUGGGGGCAAAGGUCGUGGAGCGUCACGUUACCUUUGACAAGACAUGGAAAGGAAACGAUCAAGCAGCCUCUCUGGAACCGCAGGAGCUUAAGGAUCUGGUUUGUUCCAUCCGGAUGAUAGAGUCAGCGAUGGGAAGCGGCAUCAAGGAGAUAUUACCAUGUGAGCAGCCGUUCCUCAAAAAGCUGGGUAAAUCAGUGGUAGCCAAAGUCAACAUCCCAAAAGGAGCCAAACUGACCCAAGACAUGCUGGCGGUGAAAGUGGCAGAGCCAAUAGGCAUCUCGGCCGAGGACAUCUACGAUCUGCUCGGUAAGACUGUGUUGAAGGACGUGGAGGAGGACGAGAGCAUCAUGCCGGAGAUGGUGAACAACUACUGCAAGAAGGCCAAGUGUUGAGGAAGGCAGAGAGUUAUGAAAAGGCAGAAAAGGGCAUUUAAUUUAAAAGUGUUUGAUUUCUUUCGGGGGUGGGUCACUUUUUACAUGUUUACAGCUUAUUUCUUUGUUCAAGUAAAUCACAGCUGGAGUUGGAGUUAGUUUUUGGCUUCAGUCACUCACUCACUGUUUAUCAGUCAGAGUCCUCUUGUUGAAACAUCCAGCCAUCAACUAGUGUAAUUCGCUCUGUCACACUCAUAUCAUUUAUUAUAAAUCACACUUUCUCAUUUUUUGUGCACUAACUGUAUCCUCCACUUGUGCUUUUGAGUGAUGGAUGUUAUGACACAUUUAAAUCUUAUCACUGGAAAUGAUCACAGGAGUUGUGGAAAAGUAAGAUGUUCUGAAAAAUGAAGCAUCCAAAUAAAAU